AUGCUCAAAUCUCUAGUCGUCCUGCUCUUCGCGAGCCUUGUCGUAGCCUUUCCCACCCUUGACGUCGACCAGGUUGCGGCCCUCCACAGACGCCAGGCGACUCCAAACUCGCAAGGUACGCAUGACGGCUUCUUCUACUACUGGUGGAGCGACGGCCAAAGCCCGGCGGCAUACACGAACCUGGACGGCGGCAGUUACCGUCUCCGGUGGGAGAGCGGCGGGAACCUGAUCGGCGGCAAAGGAUGGAACCCUGGGACUGACAACAGGACUAUACAGAUUUCUGGAACUUACCAGGGUGUUGGCAAUAGCUACCUUGCCGUCUACGGCUGGCUUGAGAACCCCGAAGUUGAAUACUACAUGAUCGAGUACCAUGGCAUCUUCAAUCCGGCCUACGACGCGCAAAUCCUCGGUACGGUGAUAUGCGACGGUAGCGUCUAUGACAUCAGUCGAAGCACACGCGUGAGCUCUGGCGGGACGAAGAUUCUGCAGCGGUACUGGUCUGUUCGGCGCAAUAAGCGGACAGGCGGGACGGUACAGACAGGGUGUCACUUUGAUGCUUGGCGCAGCCUGGGCCUUACCGCUGCGGAUCACGGUUUUCAGAUUGUCGUGGCGGAAGGGUACUUCAGCAGCGGGUUCGCAGAGAUAACCGUCGCGGAUACGGGUGCGGAAGAUUAA